UUUAUCAAACUUCAAUGGCUUCCACUUCUUCUUCUGCUAUCAUAACUUCUCCUAGCAACUAUGAUGUAUUUCUAAGUUUUAGAGGCUUAGAUACUCGUGAUUCUUUUACCGAUCAUCUUUAUGAAGCAUUAGAUCGAGCAGGAUUUCACACUUUUAGGGAUAAUGAUGAAAUCAAUAGAGGUGAAGAGCUGAAGCCGGAAAUCGAGAGAGCAAUCAGAGCAUCCAAGGCUUCAAUAGUUGUGUUGUCUAAAAACUAUGCAACUUCCACAUGGUGUCUUGACGAACUUUGGUUGAUCCUUGAGCAAAGGAGGGAGUGCAAUCAUUUCGUUCUACCUGUUUUUUAUCAUGUGGAUCCCUCUGAUGUUAGGAAACAAACUAACACUUUCAAGAUACAAGUCAAACCCUCUACAAACUGGACAAAUGAUAACGUGAACCGGUGGAAGGCAGCCCUUAUGAAGGUUGCUGAUUUGACAGGCCUGGUUCUUUCAGGGCCAGAAACAAAGUUUUUGAAGAGUAUUGUUGAUAACAUUUACAAUAAACUUGCUUGCAAAAUAGUCAAUCUUCCACCUAAUUUAAUAGGGAUGAAUGCUCGAGAUAAAGAUAUCAACUCAUGGUUAAAGCAAUUCGAUAUCAAAAUUUUGGCAAUUUGUGGCAUGGGAGGAAGUGGUAAGACGACGUUGGCCCAAUACAUAGUCUCUUCUAAUUGGCGACAAUUUGAAAUCAUUAGUUUUGUCGAAGGCAUUAAUAGAAUACAUGAAAAACAAGACAGUUUUCAUGAAUUGUACAGAAAAUUUGUCAAAGAUAUUUUAGGAGGUGGAAAGAAGAAAGUUCAACAAGAUAGAUAUAAGCUUGAUCGUGCCUUACAGACAAAAAAGGCACUUAUUGUUCUUGAUGACAUUGUUGAACCAAGCCAAUUGCAAGUUUUUCUUGGAACAGGGAAUAUUAACAAAGAAAGCAAAAUUAUAAUAACAACGAGGAAAAAUAGUACACUUAAAUGGUUCGAGUCUAGAUCUUGGAGAUGUCAAGAGUACUCGAUGGAAUUAUUGGAUGAAGAUGAAUCAUUAGAGCUUUUAAGUCUUCAUGCCUUUGGAUUCAAAAUUCCCAUGGAAGGUUACAAGGAGCUUGCAAAAGAGGUGCUACAAUAUUGUGAAGGAAAUCCAUUGGCUCUUGAAGUGUUGGGUUCCUCUCUAUCAGAGGAUAAUAGCAUCGUAUUUUGGAGAAGUACAUUGGAUUUAUUGAAGAAAGAUAUGAAUUCUGGAAUUCAACGUGUACUCAUGAGGAGCUACAACUCGUUGCCAUAUAUCUCUAACAAAGAGUUGUUUUUGCAUAUUGCUUGUUUCUUUGUUGGCGAAGACACGGAUUAUGUGGCAAAAAUUUUGGAGCAUGAUUAUUCUGCAUCAUCUGGGAUCAAGACCUUAACCAACAAAUGUCUUCUUUCAGUUUCACCAAACAACACAUUGGUGAUGCAUCGGUUGCUUCAAGAGAUGGGGAGAAGCAUAAUCCGUCAAGAGUCAAAACACCUUGCAGAACGUAGUAGAGUUUGGCUUAGCAUCGAUUCUUGUCAGAUAUUGAGCAAAGGAGAGGGUUCAAAAACAAUGGAAGGUCUUGCACUUGACAUUCUAAAGCUUGACACUCAAAUGUCUGACAUACAAAUGUCGUGGAAUGAUUGGCAUAAAAUCAAGUCAUCAGACCUUAAGACAGAUUCACUUAGAAAGAUGGAUAACCUAAAAUUGCUCAAGCUAAAUUAUGUGCAUCUCACGGGAUCCUAUGAGAAUUUUUCAGAAGAUUUAAGGUGGCUAUGGUGGCGUGGAUUCAAUUUGAGAGAAAUACCCUCCGACUUAUUCAAGGGAAGCUUGGUGGCUAUCGAUAUGAGAGAUAGCAACUUGAAAGUAUUUGAACCGCCCAUUGUUCUUCAAUCACUCAAGAUUUUAAACCUUCAAGGCUCGGGAUCUCUAUCCGAAAUCCACAAUAUCAACAGACUCCCUAAUCUUGAGACUUUGAUUCUUUCUGACUGUUACCAAUUGGAUUAUGUUUGUGAAAGUAUUGAAGGCCUUGAGAAUCUUGAACUAUUGAACAUGACAGGGUGUGCGAACCUCCCAUGGAAUUUAGGGACAAAUACAGUCAAUAAAAAGCUAAAAGCUUCAACUUCUGCAUGUAGAGGAAGUUCACAACAAACUUCCUUUUCUUUGCCACAUUCAUUAGUGCGAUUAUUCCUCAAGAACUGCAACCUCGAGUGUACUGAAUAUUCUCCGUUGAGUUUCAGAGUCCAACCAAAAUUGCAGUACCUGGAUUUAGGAGGAGGUUUGUUUGAAUUCUUGCCUAGUUACAAUCAUCUAAAAAAUCUUCGGGUCCUAGAUUUGACAAUGUGCUAUAGACUUAAAUAUCUUUUAUAUCUCCCAAAUACACUUGAAGAAUUAUAUAUAUAUUUAUGCCACUCGCUAGAGAGAAUAACUUUCGAAUCAGAACGGUUCACAUUGCAAGAGUUUGGCUACAAGGGUUGUACUAAAUUGUCUGAAAUUGAAGGCUUUAUUAAAUUGGUACCAGUAGCCAAACUUGAUGAAACUGAUUUGGGACACAUGAUGUGGCUAAAAGAAUAUCAAAAUUGUCACGUGAGCCUGGUUGGUGAUGAUGACCUAACCUUAGGCAGAAGCCGAUGCAUCCAGAUGUUGUACGAAUUUGGUAUAAUGAGCACAUCUUUGCCAUACGUGAAGGAUCCAAACAUGAUGCUAGAGUAUAUGUCAAAAUCUCCAUAUGUGUCUUUUGGCGUGCCUCCAUGUCCUAAGAAUAAGAGGCUCAAAGGAUUAAAUCUGACUUUCAAAUAUACAAUAUUGUCAGGUCAGGAUUGGGCAUGGUUUGCUAAAAUCAGUACAUCCAAUGAUGUUGAUUAUAUGUACAACCCCCAUGUCUUUGGCGACCCUGGAGUUAGGAAAGUUGGUGUAUGGUUAAGCUAUUGGCCAAUUGGAAAUAAGUUAAACAUCGGAGAUAAAGUUAACGUGUCUAUCAUUGUGAUGAGGGGAAUGGGGGUAUACGGGUGUGGUGCAAGCCUUGUGUAUACGGAUGAUGAUGUAGCGGAUGAGAACUUGGAAAACAACUUGCAGUGCGUAGAAACUCUUGGAGGUGAUUUGUCUGGAUUUCAACUAAGCACAGGAGCGUACUACUUUUGUCGGCGUGACUUUUUCGAGUUAAUGGAGGUUGGUAGAUUAACUCCAGGUUGGCUCAGUAUUUUAGUUGGUGACACCAUUGAUGAUACAGAGGUACGAGGAUGGAGAAAGACCGGUCGACCUAAGCCAUCAAAUCCAUCAUUUACGGAGUCGAAAAAGUUUUAGAUCGCAUCAUCCGUAGUACUGAGUUGUGAAUUAUGUUUCUUUGUUUGGCAUAAUUGGUUACAAAAAUAAGAGGUACGCAGUAUAUACUUACACACACAUAUAUAGUUAUAUAAUUAUCAUUCUAUUG